AUGCCCUACCAAUGUUCUACCCUCGAGCCAAUCCCGUUUGCGCACGGCCACAACACGCAUUUCCUCGACGACCCGGAGCUCGUCUGCUUCUUGGACAGCGAGUUCAACUACGACCACAAGCCGCCGGCCAUCAAGGUCGAGCCGCUCUACGCCUUUCCGCUCGCGAUGCAGCGCUCGACGAGCAACUCGAGCUCGAGCUCGACGAGCACCGUCGACACGGACGACGACCUCUCGACGCCAUCGCACUCGCGCCGUAAGAUCUGCGCCAUGGACGGCUGCCUCCGCAACGUGCGCUCGAAGGGCUACUGCAAGUCCCAUGGCGGCGGCAAGCAGUGCAGCAUGGACGGCUGCGCCAAGGAAGCGCAGAACGGCCAGUUCUGCAUCGGCCACGGUGGCGGCAAGUGCUGCAAGGUGCCCAACUGCUCCAACGCCGCGCAGUCCCAGGGCCUUUGCAAGGCCCACGGCGGCGGCGCCCGCUGCAAGUUCAAGGACUGCGAAAAGAGCUCGCAGGGCGGCGGCUUCUGCCGCACCCACGGCGGCGGCAAGCGCUGCGUCGAGCCCGGCUGCACGAAGGGCGCCCAGCGUGGCAACAAGUGCGCCAAGCACGGCGGCUGCCGAACACAAGCUCUGCAUCGCGUCGGGCUGCUGCGAAAGAGCAUGGGCAUGUGCACGCCGCACGUGCGCGAGUGGCGCGCGGUCCGCGGCUGCGGCGACGUCAUGCUCGGGCUCAAGACCGAAGCGCUGAGCCUCUCGAUCCACUAA